AUGAACCGAGGCUCGCGAACUCCGUUCCAGCCGCCGCGCGGCCCGCCGCCGCGGCAGGGCUUUUCUUCAGGAGGCUGCAGGUUUCCUCCGAGCACGGGCGUCGACGCUUCGUGUUUCACGCAGUGGAAUGGCGAUCAGGGUCCGUUUUUGUCUCCCGGCGAGGAGAGGUCUCGCCGCUCGGCGGCGUGGGUGAAGCGGCAAAGGCCAGACAGCUUUUCAGGCACUAUGGGAAGCCGCGGUCUGCAGGGGAUGCAAAGUGACUUUCCGCCGCCAAAACGUGGCCACACACAGACUGAGUCGUGCCCAGGAAGGAAUAGCGGACAACAGGUGGCCGUAUCGCAGUCCAGUCAGAUCCACGGGCCGCCACGGGGGGUGUCCAGAGACUCCGCCGUCCCCGUGAGAGUUCACCCGUCUUCCGGCACCACACGUCGUUCACGUUUCCCGCAGACACCGGAAUCCUCUGGACAUGUCCAGGCAGAUUUCAAUAGGAACCCGCACGAGCGUGUUUCCACGCUUCAGCCAAACCCCGGUGGAGCAGCCGUCUCGCAAACGAGGUCGCGCAGUCCUUCGGCACACACGAAUUUCAGGCGUCCCGACCCGCCUCGAGGUUUGCAACUCGAGCUGCCCCUCAGAGGCAGCCCCGAUGCACAUAUGAGGCGUGGAGAAGCCCGACAGCCGUCGUCGAGCGAGGGCACCCACCGCAGAGCUUCCGAGGCCAGCGGUCAAUGCCAACGUGACUGGCAAAACAACGAAUGUGCAGCACAGCCUGCGAGUCUCAGCGUCAAGCAAUGGAGAGAUCUUCUGAGCAAGUGGCGCCGACAAGUGCACCUAUGGACGAACCUUCCCGAAAGCGUCUAUUGCAGGAUCGCGAGUAUGCCUGUCAAAGAACAAGUGAAAGCCCUCGGAAGCAUGACAGCCCGGGAAUUGGACUCAAGAGACGAGAUCCACGAAACUGCUGCAGCCAGCGAUGGAGCCUGCCAACCACCCCCCAACAAUGAGGUUCGGCAAGCAACUCGGCUUCGCUUUGCAGGCCAGUUUUAUUUGUACCCUCGUGGUAUCGAACAACCUUGCAUCGCAGGAAGUUCGACGUUGCCCAUGAAAACGACUUCGCAGCUGCAGCUGCUGAGCUCUCUAAACGUAUGA